CGUCGUGGCUUUCGAAACCCGGAAGUAUUGAGAAGGUCUUCGGCGAUGGUUGGAGUUUAGAUAACAUUUCACCGUCGUGACCCCGGUGUAGAUGUGAAAAUGGGUGUUAAAAUAGAGAUGUUUAGGAUGAUGCUGUAUCUGUCCUUUCCCGUUACCAUGUUCUGGAUCUCAAAUCAAGCAGAAUAUUUUGAAGAGUAUAUUGUAAAAAGAAAGAGGGAGAUCUUCCCCCCCGACGAGGCACUGCAUAGGAAAGAGUUGGAGGACUUCAAAGAGCGAAUGCGUGUUCGCAGGGAGCGACGGCUGUUAAAAGAGAUUUCAAUGGAGUCUGAGAAUUGAGGAUUAUCUGUUGAAGAUAUGCAUAAAUUCCCAGCACCACCAAUGGAGGACUAUGGCACAUUGGAAAUGUCUUUGAAGUGAACAUAUCCCAAAGAUGUGUUGGGUGUUUUCCAGGGAAUCAUUUUGCCUAAUAUACUAUAAUUUCACACAAUACUUUUCAAAUACCAAAUUUCUGUUCGAAUGCCUGAUUAGUUGAGUUGCUGUGAUUGUGUCAUGAAAUAAUUAUUUGAAUCAUAUAUCCAGUUGAAUCUGAUAUAAUUAUGACUGAUUUGUUUGUGUAGUUUAUAGUGCAGUGCCUAUAAAAUGUACUCAACCCCUUGGAUUUUUUUAUGUUUAGUGUUUUACAACAUUGGACCACAUUGGAUGUAAUAACAUGGUCUCACAUGAAUCCGUGAAAUAGCCACGGAUUCGCUUAACUCAAAAUCUCUAUAUGUUUGUGUCCAAGUCACGUGACUUUCAAGUUUCCGGUGGUCAGAACAAAAAACAUGGCGGACAGUUCUCUCAUUUUUAGUGAAAAAAAUCAAUAUUUUGACUUAGUUUCUGCAUAAAAAUGGACUUUGAUUACAUUUCUAGCGAGAAAUAUGUGUUUUAUUUUCUAAAUAUUCAUUCAGUGAAUGUACAUAAUCACUUUGUCGUGAAGAUCUCGCCAGAAAAACACGAUCCGAUGUGUUUUAUUUUGAAAUCUCCCUGAUCCUCUGUGUAUUUAACGGAUUAUACCUUCGCCCAUUACAUGCCUUGCGUCUGAGGUUGAUUUGCUGAUCAACAUAUUAUUCUAUUGCAGCGGGAGACACUAAUGUUGACAAAGUGACGACUUACGAUCAGAUUUGUCCGCUGUUUUAUUUUGUAAUCUACCGGAUGUGUGGUGCGAUCUCAUUGAGGCGCGCUCCACUGUAAAUGCCGCGGGCUCCAUUCCAUUCCGUGAGCAGCGCCGUUGGCGCUGGUCUCCUGUUUUAGUUAAAAUAUCUUCAUUAAACAAACAUUGUUGUCUUUUUUUAGCAUAGAUAAUAUACAUGCAGUAUAAUUUUUUUUAGACAGUGUGUGAAAUUCGAUAUAUUGGGUAGAAAUAUAUUUUCACAACCCUAAAAUGGAAGAACUACAACAAUGCUGCUGAUGUUGACAUAAGUAAGAGGGACUUUCCCGUCUUACAUAUGCUGCUUUAUCUCUUGAUGUUAAUAAAAAGGUCUCAAAAAAUAUUGAUAAGAUGCUAUUUUACUUUGUAUGACGAAACAAGAACCAUUACAUUAAAAAAUCAGUAAUAAUGAAUUCAUAUGAUAAGGGUGGUCUUAACUUCUUAGACUUUCACACCCUGAAUAACACAUUCAAAAGUAAUUGGCUAAAACAAUUCAUUAAGAACCCCUCUUCAAUUUGGAACUUCAUACCAAACUUUAUUUUUUUCUAAAUUAGGAGGCCUAAGUUUCCUUUUAUUUUG